CCAGAAGCGGGCUGGGCGGCUUGACUACUGCAGGAAGAUCCUUUUUCUUGUGGUGUUAGCUAUCUGGCUAGAUACAAUAAUAUAUGUAUAUAUUUUGAGGUUUAUUUAAGCUUAAUUUGUUUAAAACGUUUAUUUAAGUUAAUUUUAGGGUUAAAAGACAAAGUGUGGAGAAGUGUUGGUCUCUGUUUACCUGAUUCGUGCAGAAGAAACACAAGGUUGUGAAAAUGGACGAAAGUGUGACUGUAAUCACCAACCCGACAGUGUCAGUACGUCUGACCAGUACCGUCAGCUCCUUUGAAGCAAAUCGCAGAUUCAACCGAGGAAUCACCAUUGCAGAUUUCAAGAGCAAGCUGGAGCUCAUCACUGGCUGCCCCAUGGCCUCGAUGGAACUUCAGUUGUUCAGUGCCUCCGACAAGUUCUUGCAGAAUCUUGAUAGUAAUGAGGCUCUGUUAGGUUCCUACCCCGUGGAUGACGACUGUAGAAUACACGUAAUUGACCGAUAUGGUACUAUGACUGGAGCAUUCAGUGAUUUGUCUAAAGUGGAGAAAUAUGAGAUUUCAGAAGUUGCGUAUGAAAAGAGAUCAGAUUCUUUGAGAAACUUUAAAAAGAACAUGAAGGUUGGGCGCUUUAAUGAGGAGAAUGUGGCCAAGCAAGACGAGAUGAUUGCACAGAAAGAGGAAAAUGAGAAGGUUGCAUUAGCUUCCAUUACAGUUGGCAAUCGCUGUGAAGUUAAGGCGGCAGGUCAGCCCACCAAGAUUGGCACAGUUAUGUUUGUGGGUACGACAGAUUUCAAACCAGGCUACUGGGUGGGUGUAAAAUAUGAUGAGCCGCUUGGGAAAAAUGACGGCAGUGUGAACGGAAAGCGCUACUUUGAGUGUGAGCCGAAGUACGGUGUGUUUGUCAAGCCUACAACUGUGACAGUGGGAGAUUAUCCGGAGGAGGACUACGGCCUAGAUGAGAUGUAGGCUGCACUCAGAAUGUAGAAAAGAUCCUGGGCUGAGGAUGCAGGUGUCUGGAAAGAUGAACUUUUAACUGCUGUGCAUUCCAGUGUUAUUGGUCUUGAGUGAAAGAGUGUUUCUUCAUGUUGUCACCUCUAAUCAUUGCUUAGUUCCAUGCUUGUCUGAAAGAGGCCAGAAUGAUGGUUUUCAUGUCAUGCUGUAGGUGGAAACUGCAGUUUAAAUCACAUCUCCAUUGUGAGUCCUGACGGGGGUCAGCUGAUGCUGUAACGACAGGAAAAGAGGCCAAAUUAGCCGACCGGCCCUUUAGCCGAGAUAUAACAUACAGAUUUCGUUCUAUGUGAAGCAUUUUGCUGCAUGUUGAUCAUCAUCAUUUGGACAUCUGAAAAUGUUAGCAUAAUAUGCAUUCAUUUGGGUUUCAGUCACAUAUGGACUGUUUCAUUUCACCAAUGUGUAUAAUAUGUACAAAGGAUUUUUGCAAACUGGAACAGCUUUUUCCUUUAUUAUUUGGUUAACAAGGUUAUUAAUGAUGCACUACCUUCUCUGUGUACCAGUUACUUUAAUGUUUAGUUGUACUGUGUUUACUGAAAUAAUACACCCUACAAAUAAAUGACAUGCUAAAACGUA